GGAGGGAGAGGGAGAAAUCCUUCCAGUUCUAACUCAGUCAAGGAAGGUGUGAGCUUUUUUUCCUCCUCUUUCUCCUGUUUUUUUUCCUACCCCUCUCUUGCUUUGGAUCAUGGGUUUUGUGAAACUUGGAUUAUUUUAACGUUUGCAGCCAUGAGAGAGCCUGCCUGGCAAUCUGGAUUACUGGCCUUCUGAUUCACGAACUACGGAAACCGAGAUUAGGAGACGAUCCGGGAACAUUUAACAUAAAUAGAUACAUAAACAAGCUCAGGUCAAUUUUCAAGAUUCCUUGCAGCCAUGAGUUCUGCUGGGGUACUGACCUGCAUCCCAGACUCUGGAAGAAUCUUCAGGGAGACUUCUUUGCGUCCACCAGUGCCAGGCCAAGAGACCAAAAACUACAAGACUGAGAAAUUCAACAUGGAUCUUCAGCAUUUGGAACAACCACUAAGACCUAAGGAAGAAAUUUUGCGGGAAGCAGAAGGUUGUGUUGCUCACGAUACACGUUUCUCCCGAUGGGGUAGAUCUCUUAAUCUACUGCUUGAUGACCAGGAUGGUGCAACUCUUUUUCGCAUGUAUUUGGAAGGGGAAGGGCUAGUGGAUCUUUUAAGUUUCUGGUUUGCUUGCAAUGGUUUUAGAGCCAUGGACCCUGCAGAACCCAAGACCUCAAAGACUGCCAAAGCCAUAUACCGUUGGUAUGUACAAAAUAGUCAGGCUGUUUCAAGCCGUCUAAAACCAGCUACACGGGCCCAUGUGAAGGACUGUGUGAAGAAUCAGCUUCUGAAUAGGACUGUAUUUGACCAGGCCCAGCAGGAGAUUCAGAAGGCAAUGGAGCAGGAAGCCUUUCCUUCUUUUCUGCAGUCUGAUAUAUGCAAGGAAUAUGUUCAUGUUGAAGACAGUCCCACCCCAGAAUCACCUGGACCUGGACUGCCUACGUUGACUGAAGAUGAGGAAUUUCGUGGGUUACAUCAUGGUUCUGCUGGCUUAGGAUCUAUGGCUAAAAUAAACCGUGCCUUUACACGUAUGCCUCCUAGAAACCAAAGGUUCCACACAAGGAAAAAUGAAGCCACCUACCAGUACUUUGCUCCGGCAGCCAGUAUCAAUGAUAGUGAAAUCUCAAGUGAUGCACUGACCGAGGACAGUAUGUCCAUCACAGAUGGUAGUGUAGAUGGAAUUCCCCCAUGUCGCUCCAAAAAGCAACGUGAAAUCCAUAGAAGCGUCAGUGCCAAUGGACAAGUACAUCUGCCUUUUGUGCCUAGAACAUUACGCCCACCAGCAGAAAUGAUGCCUGCCAACCCAGCAGAGUUUGCUGCCAAACUGACAAUAGCGUUGGAAAAGGUUAAAAAGCAAAGGGAUGCCGAAGAAAGAUUGGAAGAAAAACUGCAGAGGUUGAAAGAGGAAGAAGAAAAGGUGGAAUAUGAUUUGCCUGCUACCAGCCAUGAGACAUUUACUACUUCUGCUGAUGAUGAUCCACAGUCAAUCCUUGAUGACCAUGUAUCUAGGGUUUUGAAGACCCCAGCAAACCUGUCACCAAGAACACAGUCCCCUUUCACUCAAAGAAAAGCCAAGGGUCAAGCACCAAUUGUCAAAUGUCAGGCUUCCAGUCAUUUGCGCCUGAAAGCUCCUCAUGGAACAGAGGCAAAUGUCCCAGUAUCUACUGAGCAUAAGAGCUCUGUGAGUUCUCAAGGCACAAGAAGCUGUAGAAAAACAGAUGGAUGUGCGCAGUCUCAUCGAAUAGAUGAAGGAGGGUCUUCUGCUUCGUUGACCACUCCUCUUUCACCAGAGCAAGAAGUAGAAAGAACACAUAGUGUCUUACAAUGGGUUCUUGAAAGCGCAAAGAUGAUGAAAAAGCACCAUCGUGAUACUAGCACAGUUGUCAGCCACUGCUCUGAAACAAAGAAGACAAAUCACAGAACAUCAUCCCAACCAGCACACCUAUUCCUGCAGGACACAUCCAUGCCCCCGCUUAAUGCACCCAAUACCCUGGAUCAACUAGAAGAAGCUAGGAGGCGUCUUGUAGAAGACAAACGAGCACCAAAACUUCACAAAGCCAGGUCUGCACCAUUCACAGCUACUAAAGAAAAGGGCAAAGGUGGGGAAAGCAUUCCAUCAUCUGGAUUUUCCACUCUUAAGCUUUCCGAAGAGCAAAAGUCUACAAAGAAACUUAGUGGUGAUAGUCAAGGGCAAGGCGGUCUAGCUAUAGUCUAUUACUUCUGUGGCGAAAGGAUUCCUUACAUGAUCCGAACAAAAGAGCCGAGCUUGACUUUGCAGGAGUUCAAAGAGUUGUUGAGUAAGAAAGGAAGUUACAAAUAUUACUUUAAAAAGGAGAGCCAAGAAUUUGAAUGCAAUGCUGUUUUCCAAGAGGUCUCUGAGGAAGGUGCUAUACUACCAUUGUUUGAAGAAAAGAUCAUCUGCAAAGUGGAAAGAGCAUGUUAAAAUGAAAUGGAUAUUUUCUACAAGUGAGAUGAAAGUUUAUCGCUGCUAUUUAAAGAAGUCACUUUGUGAUUAUGGACAAUGCAGAAAAAAAAAUUCUGUAAGGGUUCUCGAAGAAUGUGGAUGAAGCGAAAAAGAAUGUCAAAGCAAAAGGGAGGAAGCUAGAAAAUAAUAAAAUGUCCUCCAAUGUCACUUCCAGCAUAAAACGUUCUAAUGCAGAAAGAGAUGAACGACAUGAUAAAUGUGAGGAAGGAGAGCAGUGAAUUUUGAGAGUAAAACUUGCGACUAGGAUGCUUCAACAAUGGCUUUGAAUACAAUGGGAUACAGAAGAUUUGCCUUGAAAGUGGUUUGCUGGAAUUGGUUUGGAAGUUUAUAAAAAUGAGUGUUGAACAGGUUUUAUGUGAUGCAAGUCUACCACAGCCACUAAUGUGUAUCAUGGUACAUAAAACAUGCUUUAUUUUGUGUAUUUAUAAAAUCAUUGGUUAAAGAAUUUUUAUGGACAUGUGAAAUAUUUCCAUGCAAGAUGGGAGAACUGUCGUCUAUAUUAAAAAUCACCACUAUUUAUAUUAUGCUUAAGAAGCUGAGAGAAAGAUGCUUAGCUUACCAUCUACAACCUUGUUAUUUUUCUAAGUGUCCAGAAUUUGCUUCUACUUUUAAAUUUGUUGGAACCAUGAUGGACUUUUUGAGAUUUGCCCAAAUGUCCUUUGGACUUUCGAGUGUAAAAGUUGGACACUAUUUCAAACCUAGAAAAGAAAGCUUUUCUAUAUAUUUGUCAUGGAAUUCUUAACAUAGAGAAUUCUACAGAAGACAUUUUCAACGCAUGAUGUCCUCUUAAAGAAAAAAUAACCAAACUUGUUUCAUUGGUUAUCAAGCUAUGCAAGAAAUUGAUCUAUACCUAUGCUGCUAUCCAGACAUUGCUGGUGGCAUUCUUGUCUGUCUACUUUUGAAAGACAAGAAUUCACAGCCAUUUUUUAUUUUAUGUUAAUAUUACUGUCUGACAUUUUGACAAUUACUUUCUGUG